AUGCCGACGAAGAUAUUCAGCGACAACGCCACCACCUUCGUCGGCGCCGAACACAAGCUGCGCGAGCUGAAAAUGGCAUUUCUUGCCCAGUCAGCAGAAGUGAAGGGAUUCGUCGCAGAAGAAGGAUUCAGCUUCACCUUUAUACCACCGAGGGUGCCGCACUUCGGUCGGAUAUGGAAAGCCGCGGUGAAGUCCUCCAAGCAUCACAUCGUUCGCGUAAUUAGCAACGCGCUACUGACCGUAGAGGAACUGUCAACACUACUGGCAGAAGUGGAGGCCAUCCUGAAUUAUCGGCCCUUAACACCGUUGAGCCAGGACCCCAACGACGGCGAGGCACUAACCCCAGCGCGUUAA